GAAGAGAAGGCUUCGGUCCGCGCGGCUUCACGACGUGGGUGCGAGAGCGAGAGAAGAAUGCAUUGCUCUGCUGCUGACUGACUGUGUUGCGGCGAAGGUCUUGGCCAACUCGAUUCGGUUUGAUGAUUUCAGUUCUUUCCACGAAAUUUAUUUGCGUGCAGACUGCUUAGAUCGAACUGCAUUCGGUCUUUCUUACUUUUUUUUUGCUGUGUUGAAGUGCGCGUGUAUUUGAUUCCUGAGCCAGAAAUCGUGAUCUACUGGAGAACCUUCGUCGCGAAACAAAAAAAGCGAGGAAAAACAGUCGUGCCUUAAGGGUUUGCUGGAAUUCCGGGAGUUUGUUGGAUGCAGAUUCGUCCGUGUCCGUGCAAGGCCUAUUGUUGCAUGCCCCGAGCUCAUCAACGAGGUUCGCUGCCUGUAGCGUAUGAGAAUCUCCGAAAUUAUCCCAUCUUACGAAUCCUCCCGCGGCAGUCAGUGGUGGUGAACACGCUCAACGCUCAAAAGUUGCCUAAAUUAUAGGUAAUUGACCGAAGAUUACUUUGUGAAUUGAUGUGUGAUUUCGCGGUGGUUGGCGAUCAUCGUCGUGUAGUGUGGCAGUUGUGGUUGUGUGCAGUAAUAACCCUAAUUUAGGCGAAACGGUGAAGUUGGCCAAACUCGGUUAGAAUCGAACCUCUGGACCUGGUUGAAAUCGCUUCGUUUUCGAGUUAUGGAAUGAGGAUAAAGGUCCCGAAGCAAAAGGAUAAAAUGACACCGGGCCAGCAGCAGCUGCAAAGCACCGAGGAUGCAUCCCACCACCAACAGCACCAGCAGAUUCCGAACAUUGCCGGGACGAUCGGCACGUCGGACAAGCACCAGCACCACCACAACCAACACUCCCAGUUCCUGCACGGCAGCAGCCCUCACCUGCACCAGUUCAGCCACCUCCAGCAUCUUCACAACCAGCACCACCAGCACCAUCAUCUACCUCAGCUGCACCCGCUCUCGUCGUCGGUGACCGGCGGAAGUACCGGGCUGCUAACCGUCGGCGGUCCGAACGGGUCGGCACCGUCCACGUUGACCAGCGGCAACAAGCUACCCGCCAAAACGUCCCCCAUCGGACCGUCCCCGUUCCGGCAGCUGCUUCCGGUCGCCCUGUGCAUCAUCUCGUUCGCGACGGUGCUGAGCGUGCUGAUCAUCUACAUGGACACUACCGAAAUCCGCCACCAGCAGUUCCGGCUGAACAUGUCCCGCGACUACGACCUGAUGGGCGUCCCCCAAGACAACCCGGCCCUGGUCAAGUACGUGCGGGACAUCCACAUGAAGAAGUACCCGAUGACGUUCAUGCGUAACGCGAACGCCCCGGUCGAGCAUCUGAACUUCACCAACCGGCACGAGCUGACGCCCGAGAUGGCGCACUUUGUGUCGGAUCUGCUCGGUAAGAAGCGCUUCGGGACGUUCUUCCAGUCGCUGACCGGUAUCAGCGAGUCCAUGAUGACGGCACCGUGGCUGGCGGAGACGAUGAACUGGGGCGGCUACCUGGUGGAACCGGACCCGCGCAAGUACUUUUCGCUGCGCAAGCAGAACGCCUUCCGGCCGAACGUGCAGGUCAUCCACGCGUGCCUUUCGCCCAACACGUAUCCCAAGGAGGUCACCCUCCACCACGACGACGACAGCGAGGUGCGCAUCAACAGCGUGCUGGACGAGGAGACGGAGUGGUUCCACCCGCGGGUCAAGUGCUUCCCGGUGUACACGCUCAUGCUGGCCGUCAACCGGACCUCGAUCGAUGUGAUGAGCCUUGGCUGCCAGGGACAGGAGCUACAGAUCCUCCAAACCAUUCCGUUCGACCGGGUUCACAUCAAGGUGAUCACGAUCCACCUGGUGCACUACUACGAGGAGGACGAGCUGAUCAUCGACGUGGACGAGUACGUGCAGAACAUUACGCGCUUCCUGCUGAGCAAAUCGUACAAGCUGGUGCGCAGCUUCGACCGUAACUUUAUCUACCAGUACGUGAGCGUCAACGGCGGCGGCGGUGCGAGCCUCAGCCGGGUCAACUCGGUGGUGGCCCCGAGUUCCCCGAUCGAGACGUCGUCUUCGGCCGAGAACAAGAUCAGUAGCGGCGCAAAGGGUGAGGUAAGGAAGUUGGGUACGACGAUGGUACCACCGCCUGCGGCGGUAGUUCCGGUGGUCGUGACCAGCAGCGUGUCGGUUUCGGUGGGGGCCGCCGAGCUGAUGGGGGAGGGAAGCACGGAACGGGGCGCGAUCGUGCUGGAGGAAGUAAGCGGGUCCUCGUCGUCGACAAGCUCGCCGCCGAUGGUCACGUCGGUGUGAACGUAAUUUUGCUCCUGACAUCGAAUGCGAUUUACUUUUUUAAACGAAACAAAAGCUACCAAUUCAUCAUUCCAGCUUUUAUCAUUUAGUUUUCACUCUCUUCAUUUGCGCUCUCUAUUUAAUUAAAGUUCUUAAUUUUGUUUUGUAGAUAUCGUUAGAAUCGAGAGAAAGCUAGCAGCAUUUAACCAAGAGAACCGAGAAUCUUUAAAGUAGACUUAUUUUGUACUUUUGAACUGAUAGUUUUGGGAGGAAAACGAUCACGCUCUCUGCAGGAAAUUUUCUCGAAACAGUAACGAAAUAGAUAUCAAAAAUAUUCAUAUUUAUUUUACCUUAGAGUUUAAGGCGAGAGCUGCAGAAGGUUCAGCGAAUGAAGUAUAAUAUCCUUUUUUAGUAUUUGGCUUUCAAGCGUUUCUUAAAAUCAACUUUGCUCAAAAUUUCGACGGUUUAUUUUUCGGUUUAGAUUUGUACGUCACGAAGACAAUUUAUUUACUUUUCCAUUAGUAUUUUUGUGGCAGCAAAGCAGUUAUAAUAAAAGAAACUUAAAUUUAUCUAGAUUUUAGCAGCUGUUGAGCCCCGAAGUAUUAUUCCAAACAUUAUCAAACUGAAUUAUUUCUUUUACUCCAAAUCGCGUUUAGUUUUACUUUACUUAAGCUACAUCUACUUAGAAAAAGAAAUAAACACAAUUCUUGUUAUACUUCCUACCACGCGAGAGAAAAAAAGAGAACAGAGUGAAUGUAGUUUUAUACAUUUAUCAAAACCAGGCGAGAACGAGUAGAGAUAAACGAAAAAGAAACUGAUUAACUGUUAAGUACCUAUCAAAAUAAUUAUUGCUCUUGUUAAGAUUACACACACACACACUGAAUGAAUGCGAAAUAAGAACAGCAACUCAA